CGGCAGCGAGGAGAAGGAAGCUUCGACCAAUGGCGCGGCCGCUUUGAGGAGAGGGGGCGGGGAUUCCGUCGCCGGGGUGCCUCCCGGGCGGCUAGCUAACAAUAGGCCGGGAGAGGGAACAGGCAGCUCGGUUCGGCUCGGUUCGGCUCGGCAGGUCCAAGCGGUUCCCCCACCCCCCCCCCGCCCCUUCCCGGUGGAGGAGCUGACUUUAGCCGCCGCUGCAGACGGAGCGGUCCGGUGUCGGAGCCACAGCUCGCCCCCCCGGUUUUGCUCCAGGUGGAUUUUGACGAGCUCGCGGACGAAAGGGGUCAUGUGCGACAACGGGGAGGUGGAGGACAAGCCGCCGGCCCCGCCCAUGCGGAACACCAGCACCAUGAUUGGCUCCUGCGGCAAAGACCCCGCCCCCGUCAAUCACGGCUCCAAGCCCCUCCCCCCCAACCCGGAGGACAAGAAGAAGAAAGAUCGGUCCAUCCGCUUCAUCCUGACCGGCGGCGGUGACAAGACCUACAAGAAGAAAGAGCGGCCUGAGAUUUCUCUGCCGUCGGAUUUUGAGCACACCAUCCACGUCGGUUUCGACGCCGUCACCGGGGAGUUUACCGGGAUGCCCGAGCAGUGGGCCCGCCUCCUGCAGACCUCCAACAUCACCAAACUGGAGCAGAAGAAGAAUCCUCAGGCCGUGUUGGACGUACUCAAGUUCUACGACUCAAAGGAAACCAGCAACAGCCAGAAAUACAUGAGCUUCACCGACAAGAGCGCAGACAUCUUCGCCUCGUCCACCACAGCGCUCUCCAAGAGCGUGUCGGAGACGCCCGCCAUCGCCACCGUGUCGGAGGACGAAGACGAAGACGAAGCUGAGCCGCCGCCCGUCAUCGCGCCGCGGCCGGAACACACCAAGUCGAUCUACACGCGCUCGGUGCUGGAGCCCCUCCUGCCGCCACCCGCCAAAGAGGCGGGGGCCGCUUCCCCCGUGGCGGCCCCCCCCGCCGCCGCCUCUUCCUCCUCCUCGGGUUCCGGCGCCGCCGUCACGCCGCCGGGCUGCCCCGCCGCCGAGGACGCCGCGCCCGGGAGCCCCCCCGGGGGGGCCGUCCCCGCCCCCGGGCCCUCCCUCCCCCGCCCUCAGGAAAAAGGUCGCAAGAAGAAGAUGUCGGACGAGGAGAUCCUGGAGAAGCUCAGGACCAUCGUGAGCGUGGGGGACCCCAAGAAGAAGUACACCCGCUUCGAGAAGAUCGGACAGGGCGCAUCCGGGACGGUUUACACGGCCAUCGACGUUGCCACCGGUCAAGAGGUGGCCAUCAAGCAGAUGAACCUGCAGCAGCAGCCCAAGAAAGAACUCAUCAUCAACGAGAUCCUGGUCAUGAGGGAAAACAAGAACCCCAACAUCGUCAACUACCUGGACAGUUACCUGGUGGGCGACGAGCUGUGGGUGGUGAUGGAGUACCUGGCCGGCGGCUCCUUGACGGACGUCGUCACGGAAACCUGCAUGGACGAAGCCCAGAUAGCGGCCGUGUGCAGAGAGUGUCUGCAGGCGCUGGAGUUCCUCCACUGCAACCAAGUCAUCCACCGGGACAUCAAGAGCGACAACAUCCUGCUCGGCAUGGACGGAUCCGUCAAGCUCACCGACUUCGGCUUCUGCGCCCAGAUCACCCCGGAGCAGAGCAAGCGCAGCACCAUGGUGGGCACGCCCUACUGGAUGGCUCCCGAGGUGGUGACCCGCAAAGCCUACGGGCCCAAAGUGGACAUCUGGUCCCUGGGCAUCAUGGCCAUCGAGAUGGUGGAGGGCGAGCCCCCCUACCUCAACGAAAACCCGCUCAGGGCGCUGUAUCUGAUCGCCACCAACGGGACGCCAGAGCUGCAGAACCCCGAGAAGCUUUCCGCCACCUUCCGGGACUUCCUGAACCGAUGCCUGGAGAUGGACGUGGAGAAGAGGGGCUCAGCCAAGGAGCUGCUGCAGCACCAGUUCCUGAAGAUGGCCAAGCCGCUCUCCAGCCUGACUCCGCUCAUCGUGGCCGCCAAGGAGGCCGCCAAGAACAACCGCUAGCUCGCGCGCCACCGCCGCCGCCCCUCCUCUUCCUCCUCUUCCUCGUCCGCGCUGGACUCCCGGGAGAGGGGGCGGGGCACCACGCGAUUGAUUUCAUUGGUCCGAAUGAUGAUGAUGUCAUCAGCAGAGAGAGAGAGACUCGGUUUGCUCUGUUUUCUACGUGUGUGGGCGUGUCUAAUUUGAAUGUCUGUUUUUUAAUUUUUAUUUUUAUUUUUUUUUUUAAUCUGUGUGUGUGUGUGUGUGUGUGUGUGUGAGAGAGAGGGAGAGAAAAACGAGCGUGUAAGAAAUGAUGAUGCUGGAAAAUUAAGUGAUUGUAACAUUGACGCGGCUUAGCCUAGCUAGCUAGCGUAGCUGCGUCCGUGGUCCAGUCGGCACUGUGAGUAAGAGACGAUGAUUAAUAUGAAUUCUUAUAGUGACGAUAAUGACUGCGGCACGGGUUCUCAAACUGGGGUCCGGGGGCCAUAGCUUGGGGGACGACAAAACAAAAAAGAAAUUGGCCCAGCGUAAGGAGAUUUGCGUGCCAUUUAGGGAAAGAAAACAAAGCAAACCCCUCCCCGAGCUUUGGGCCAGUCCAAAGAUCUGAUAUGAUUGCUGCAUAACUUCACACGUUUUUGUAUAUUCAGCAAAAAUGUAUUCCUGUGUUCACACCAUGUCGCAACGGAAAAAAAUAACCAAACCACAAUCAUUGAAAUACAGCGGGAUAGUCGGCCCAAGUUUUCAAAACAAAGGGAAAGCUUUAAUCUAAAUAUCUAAAAUAAGUGUUAAUCUAGGCCACCGUCACAUUAAAUUUGUGUCUACAUGGAAAGAUAACACACUUUACUGAAAUGAUUGUAUACAAAAGUACGAUAACGGAGCGUCAAAGUUAGGUACCCAUGGUUUCGCUUAACGUAAUUUCCAGCCUACAGAGCGCACCUGCUUAUAAGGCUCACCCAGUACAUUUGGAAAGGAAAUACGCUCACGCUAGCGUGGCGCCAACAAGGCCGGUACAAAAAAAAAAAAAAAAAAAACAUACCGGUAAAAAAAUCACUGAGACACAGCAGCAUGCUAGCGCAGUGCUAACGGGGCCAGUUUAAAAAAAAAAAAAAAAAAAAAAACAUACCAGUAAAAGUCACUUCCUCGGGACAUAUAUUCCACCAGUCUCACUCUUACCUUUUCCGUUUGAGUGCCCCCUUGCGGUCGUUCAAAAAAUUGCACAAAUUGGCCACAUCGCAGGAUGAUCCUCAAGGUUGAAAGCGUGUGAAAAAAGAUGCGGUUUAUAAGCCGGAAAUUAUGGUAUUCAUGUUUUUUUUUUUUUUCUUUUCCGUGAUUUAAUUUUUUUUCUCCCCAAAAAUGCUUGUUGGCGGUAUAUUGCCAUUUACGGUACUCAACAUUUUUUUUUUCCUCAAUGUUUUCAUAGUGAGCGUCAGAUUUUCGCUAUCCACAUUCAGGCCAAUCGGCAAAUUGAAAUGACUUUUGUGUACCUUUAGAGGGCGCUGAAGCACACUUUGAGACUUUUCGCUGUCUUCAUUUGAAAAAAUAGAUGAAUGAAAUUCACUCAAUGACAAAUUGAAUUUUUCCCCCUUUGUUCUGACUUUAUCUUUGAUAAUUCUGACUGUUCUCAUACCAGGGGUGUCAAAAUACAUUUUUAUCGCGGGCCACAUUGUAGUUAUGGUUUCUCUCAGAGGGCCGUUAUGAAAAUCUUUAAUUGACCCAUCAUAUUUACACGUUAAAUUUAUCAGCUUGGUUCAGAAUCCGAAACCAAUUGGACACUCAAAAUUGCCCCCCCGGGUGUGAUUGUGAGUGCGGCCGUUUGAUCGGCUGGCGACCAGUUCAGGGUGUGCCCCGCCUCUUGCCCGUUGACACCUGCGAUAGGCUCCAGCACUUCCCGCGACCCUCGUGAGGAUAAGCAGUAAAGAAAAUGGAUGUAUGUUACAGAUUUGAACAAAAAUCAUCGACGUCGAUAGACGUGAUUUCCCUUUACGGGCCACACAAAAUCAUGUGGCGGGCCGCAUCUGGCCCCCGGGCCUUGAGUUUGACACCCGCGUCUUAUACGAUACCUUUUAUCGCACCUUUUUUUUUUUUUUUUUAAAUAUUUGUUCUUUUAAAGAUUGGGGAAAAAAAAAGACAUUCAUAAUGUGGCUUUUUUUUUUUUGCGCCCGUGGAAAAACGUCUUCCCCCUGUCAACGGUCCCUGGACCCCGAAAGUUUGCCCAUCUGCACUCAGGAGCACAAUGAAGAAAUUGUGCGUGAAUGCUCUUCAGUGUUGAAGCAAAAAAAAAAAAAAAAAGACAAAACAAAAUCCAACAAGUCAACUUUUAGAGGGGACAAAUUAUGGAAAAUCACAUUUUCAAAACCGUGCAUCCACCAUAGUUCAACAUUGAUGCGAUGAAGUGCCGCCUCCGUCGGCGAAAAUGAAAUCUUAACGAAUCCGCGCUUUGGGGCGCACAGUUGGCACCCCCCUCAUGUGGAACAGUUGUCACGGUAACGAGGGCGUCGGCUCCAUUGUAGUAGGGGGCGGGGUAAGCAGUGGUUCAUUUGCACGAGAGAGAACCUCCACACCCCCCACCCCAAAAAAAAAAAACACUAAUUUGGAAUUUGGCGACCAGUUCAGGGUGUGUACCCCCGCCUCCUGCCCGUUGACAGCUGUGACCCUCGUGAGGAUAAGCGGCAAAGAAAAUGGAUGGAUGUAAGCUGUCUCCUUUAAUUGAGAACUUGCUGGUGAUUACCCAUCAUGCACUCUGCCAAACGGCGGGUGAUGUGAAGAACGUGCAUGUUUCUGUUUGGAUUUUUUAUUUUUAUUUUCUUUUUUUAUUAUUAUUCUUGGUACGCUAGAAAAGUGAUGACGAGCGAUUCUUCCAGAAGGACACUUUGUACAAAUGCGGAAAUAAAGUGCGAUGAGUCAAGUUUGUGUUUCACUUCCUGCCACAAAAUGUACUUUACACAACGAAGCAAACGCACUUUUAACCUAUUUGACGUUCUUCUCUGCCUGCACAAUUUAUCU